GUAGUACCUCCAUUUCUGUGCUAGUGUUUUUGUCUGAAGAACAGCCGAUCCUUUUCGUUUCUCCCGGUCAAUGUUACCGGCAGGGUGGAAGCUCAAAGUGAACACAAGUUGCGUCAUAGUUGAAUUUGAAUUGCAAGCUCAGGUGAAGACAGAGCAUAUAUUUCUUUUUUGUUAUUAUUUGAAAUGUUGAGCGACACGUCAUGCGGGAAUUGGCCCUUGCUAUAUAGUCAGAGAUGAUCAGUUGUCUUGCUUGCUGAGCUGCUGCUGGCAUUUGAUCGCCGCCUGCGUGCGGUUUCUUCUUCUUGUUGUUGUUGUUUGAGGAUACUAAUGUUAAUUCACCGGCAGAGGAAACAGAACGUGUGUAUGCCUGUUGAACUUGGAAGCGUUCGUAGCUUCGGCCAGCACUCUGCAGACUUCUGCUCCAGACUCGGUCGGCCUAUGCCCCUCUGGAGCAGUAUCUAUCUCCCUUUCAGUACGUAGCAUUGCCAUGUCCAACUUUGAAUGCUUCUCCAAAGCUGCAAUGAGCCAGUGACCAGCAGACCACUUGGAUGGAAGGAAACCAUUGUUUUUAAUCUUGUUUUGAAACAACCGAGUGGGACUAGUGUUGUUAUACUACAGUGUGAUUCAUUCAUUCAUCUUUGCAAAUGCUAGGAUCUUUUUUUAUAGUAAUAAUUUUUAUGUUUGACCUCCGGUCAGGCCGGUGGUGGUAGCCGCCGGCGCAUGUGAUAGUAUAUGUAUGCGUGAUCCAGCCUUUUACCUCGACCCAUGCGUACUCAGUUGUGAUCCUGCGAGAGCAAUCUUCUUCAAGUCCUGUCUACUCCCUUCCUUUGUCCCAGCUCGCUAGUAUUGGUUGACUGAGCUUAGCUACCCCCAUCGUCGGCCGGUCUCCAACGUAUGUACUCCAUCUGAGCAUGCAUGGUGACGCCGUGAUCCCGUGACGGACCACCAUCCAUCAACCCUGCCGCGCGCGAAGCCAAAAGGAAGGAGCAUCCAUGGCCGUCGCCGUGCUGUCCUCCUCCUCGGCCGUCGCCGAUGAGGCAGCGACGACCCACCGGAGCGUGUCCGGCGCCGGCGAGGGCCAAGGGAAGGACGCGGGGGCGGCGUUCGUGCUGGAGUCCAAGGGGACGUGGUGGCACGCGGGGUUCCACCUCACCACGGCCAUGGUGGGGCCGGCGGUGCUGUCGCUGCCGUACGCGCUCCGGGGGAUCGGCUGGGCGCUGGGCCUCGCCACGCUCACCGCGCUCGCCGCCGUCUCCUUCUACACCUACUACCUCAUGUCCCGCGUGCUCGACCACUGCGAGGCCGCCGGCCGCCGACACAUCCGAUUCCGCGACCUCGCCGCCGACGUACUCGGGUCUGGAUGGGCCUUCUACCUAAUGGUGGCCGUCCAGGGUGCGAUCAACGUCGGGGUCACCAUCGGCAGUAUCUUGCUCGCAGGCAACUCUCUACAGAUUAUGUACACGAGCUUGGUUCCAGAUGGCCCAUUGAAGCUAUACCAUUUCAUCAUCGCCGUCGCCUCCGUGCUAGCUCUCUUGUCCCAGAUGCCCUCGUUCCACUCUCUGCGGUACAUUAACCUCGGCUCGUUGGUCCUUAGCGUCUGCUACACCAUCCUCGUCUCCGCCGCUUGCAUUCGAGCAGGUCUCUCGAGCAAUGCUCCGGCGAAGGAUUACUCGCUGAGCACAUCCAAGUCGGAGAAGACCUUCGACGCCUUCCUCUCCGUCUCAAUCCUAGCCGCGGCGUUCGGCAACGGCAUCCUGCCGGAGAUCCAGGCCACGCUGGUGCCUCCGGCGGCCGGGAAGAUGGUGAAGGCACUAGUGAUCAACUACUCGGUGGCCUUCUUCACCUUCUACCCGCUGGCCAUCACCGGCUACUGGGCCUUCGGCAAGACGGUCCAAUCCAACGCCAUCCAGAGCCUGAUGCCGGACGCCGGGCCAUCGCUGGCGCCGAGGUGGCUCCUCUGCCUCACCGUCGUGCUCGUCCUCUUCCAGCUCCUGGCCAUCGCGCUCCUCUACGCGCAGGUGGUGUACGAGGUCAUGGAGAAGAGGGUGGCGGACGCGGCGCGGGGGAGGUUCUCGUGCCGGAACGUGUUGCCAAGGGUUGCGAUGCGGACAUUGUACGUGGUGAUGUGCGCGUUCGUGGCGGCGGCGCUGCCCUUCUUCGGCGAGAUCGUGGGCGUGAUCGGCGCCGUGGGGUACAUCCCGCUCGACUUUAUACUACCUGUUGUUAUGUACAACAUGGUGGUGUCGCCGCCGAGGAGGUCGGUGGUGUACAUGACCAACGUGGCGAUCAUGGUCUUGUUCGCCGGCCUCGGGGCCAUUGGCGCCGUCGCGUCCGUGAGGAAGCUCGUGCUCAACGCCGGGCGCUUCAAGCUCUUCAACGACCAUGUCGUCAAAUGAGUCGAUUUGAUUGAUGACAAGGGUAUUAGACUCUUUUUGCUUUGAAUAU